AUGAAACGGGGAAUGAAUACUGUCGCUGCUGUUGCAACAAGCAUACACCCCAGUGCUGCUACUAUACCCUCCAUACCGCCACCACCUACAAUCGAGACCAACCAAUCCUUUUAUCGGAGGCAGCUUCCCGAGAACUUGACGGCUCUAACCACCAGAAAGGGGAGGAGGCUGCUCCAAGAGUCCCUCAUAGACAACCACGCUGAAACCUAUCUAAACCUAUCCGGCAACUUUGCUCACCAGUCCGAACCUGCGUACUGCGGCCUCGGCUCACUCGCAAUGGUGCUCAACUCGCUAGGUGUCGAUCCAGGCAGGACAUGGAAGGGUCCUUGGAGAUGGUACAGCGAAUCAAUGCUAGAAUGCUGCUCACCACUAUCCCGAGUCAAAGAAACUGGAAUCACUUUCGAUGAGUUUGCUUGUCUAGCUUCAUGCAAUGGGCUCAACGUGAAGGCAUAUCGAGGUGGUGAUGUGUCUUAUGAGCAGUUUUUGUUUGAUAUUGAGAGGACUGUCAGAGGGGGGUCGAGUCAUAGUAUCAGUAAUAGUAGUAUAGGUGGUAGCAACGGAAUACCUCCCACUAAUCCAUCAGCACCAGCCACAUCAACCAGCACAGACAACAGUAUCGAAAUGCACAUGAUUGUCUCAUUUGCUCGUAAAUCUCUAAACCAAACCGGUGACGGACAUUUCUCACCUAUCGGUGCCUUCCAUCGCUCUCAGUCACAGGUACUAGUCAUGGAAACAGCUACAUUUAAAUAUCCAUCGUAUUUUGUGAAUGCGAGGGAAUUGUUUGAUGCCAUGAGUCCUGUGGACAAGGUUACCAACAAGCCAAGGGGCUAUUUCUUACUGACACUUGGAUCACCAUGCAAGGAACAGAAACUGAGAAGAAGGGAGAAGGGUGUUGACAAUGUAGAAUCGACGUGA